CCCCGAAGCCGGUGUAAUGGUGUGUUAAGUAGAGUGAAGUGAUCAUUUCCAGGUGAUUUCAUUAAUAUCCGGCUUCGACAACCUUCCUUCUAAAAAAGUCAGUGUCACAGCGUGGAUUCUGAUGAUUUAAACAUUUUAUAAAAUUGAGAAGGAUGUUACUCUUCAAGAAAUUGUUUAAGUAUUACAAUCUCGUGGUUACUCUUCAUUGCAUAAGAUAUAUACUUUCUGCCGAUGAACAACAAACAGUGUAUGUUCUUAUGAACAUGACAGAAGUGUUCCUGAACUGUUCAUCGAAUAAAGAGGUAGCAUGGGAACGAGGUGAAGAGAUUUUAGUACAGGGAGGAAUGAAAGUAACAUCUGAUCCAAGAAUUCAGAUGAUCAUAGAUACACAUGUAAAAAAGUUGCAUAUCAAAGAUAUAACAAGUAAUUAUACUGAUAUAUAUCGAUGUGUAGAUUAUGUCUCGGGACAGAUCACGAAUGUUUCCAUUGCAACGUACAAUGUUAUUGUAGUUGAGGACAUUUAUAUAAUGGACAAUACAACAAGCUUCACAGCAGUAGAAGGGACGACCGUUAAUUUGACUUGUCCUGUUUACGGCAGACCCGAACCUAACAUUAAAUGGUACAUCAGUAGUAAUCCUUUACAAGAUAUUGGUAUAUCUGGAAAUGUGUUAGAAAUACGAAAUUUUACUAGGGAUUGUGAGGUACCUUAUAUGUGCAUAGCGAAGCAUAAUUUUACUAAAUCUUUAAAUCAUACUUGGAAGCCUAUAACAAAAUUUCCACCAGAUGUCACUGCGAAUGUUGAUCUCCAUAAAUUCAACAGAACGAGUGAAGGAAUAUACUUCUCAGCUAAAUUUAGUGAUAAAUUCAAAAUUUCAUGUAAGAUCACAGCAAACCCGUUUUAUAAUGUAACAUGGACUAAAGGUGAUACGUGGCUAGCAAAUAUUACUUAUAAGGGUAAAAACAUGGCAAGCAUCAAUACAAAUACAAAUUUAAGUAUAAGUUAUGAUUGUACUUUUGAUUUAAAACCUAUCAAUCUUAGUGAACACAUUCAUAACACUUCUAUCUCGAGCCGUCUUAUACACCCAGAUGGGUUUGGUGAAUAUAGAUGUAUAGCCUCAAAUGAAUAUGGUAAUGAUGAACAAAUUAUCAAUAUAAUUCAGAAAUUUGGAUAAAAUACUUCCUCGUGUUUACUAAUUUUGUUUAAUUGUUUUCUUUGCCAACUACUGCUUCAUCUGAGCUUUGCCAAAAAUGGUUAUACGGUUGUGUUCAGUAGGGUGAGAACAAUAACCAAAUGUGUGUGUUUAAUUUUGAUGAGAAUACCCAAAUGUGUGUGUUCAGUAGGAUGAGAACACCAAUAAGAUUGAUGUGCUCCGUCGGAUGAGAUGGUAGAUGGGAAUUAUAAAUAAAUGUGUGUGCUCAGUCUGAUGAGAACAAUAAUUAAAUAUGCGUGCUCAAACGGAUAAGAACAAAAAUCAACGUUGUUGUGCCGCUCAGUCGAAUGAGACCAAUAACUAAAUGUACUUGCUCCGUCGGAUGAGAACAGUAACCAAAAUGUGUGUGCUCAAUAGAGGAGAAUUAUAGAUAAAUGCGUGUGCUCAGUAGGAUGACCACAAUAAUAAAAUGUGUAAGCUCAGUCAGAUGAGAACAAAAACCGAAUAUGUGUGCUCAGUAGGAUGAAAACAAUAACCAAUAACCAAAGGUGUGUACUCAGUUGGAUGAACACAUUGAUCUAAUGUGUGUACUCAGGAGGAUGAGAACAUAAAUAUUCAAUGUAUGGUUUAUGGAACAUUUGGAAAUAUUAUAGUUUAUGAGGAGAUCAGUUAUUUGAAAGAAAAUAUCAAAUGUUCUCUGCUUCAAAUGUAAAAACAUGCUGAGAGCAUACGAAUGCACAAUUGAGGUUGUAGUAGUAACAAAUUGAAGCAGACCGAAAACUUAGCGUGUAUAUGUUGUAGUGAAAAAAAUGCACUGUGUAAUGGUUUUAUAAAAUCGCUGAAAUUGUUAUUUGUUCGCAUUCAUCAUAUAAGUGUGUGUGUGUGUGUGUGUGUGUGUGUGUGUGUGUGUGUGUGUGUGUGUGUGUGUGUGUGUGUGUGUGUGUGUGUGUGUGUGUGUGUGUGUGUGUGUGUGUGUGUGUGUGUGUGUGUGUGUGUGUGUGUGUGCCAAACACGUACUGCUAUUGUUCUAAAAUGUAAAACAUAAUAGAAAAGUAAGGGUAGGGUUUAUCAAUUAAUAACACAAAAUUACUACACGUACAUAAAAAAAAAAAACAAAUACAAAGAACACUGGUUGUUUUAUUUUAACAAAACUGGUUAUUAUAGAGUGAUAAUGAAUAAAAAAAAAAACACGUGUACAGACUCAAAGUACUUAUUUUGUAUAAUAAAGUUUGGAUGACGACUAUAUGAUUACAUAAUUGUCUAAUGAUUUUGUUCAAAAUUAUUAUUGUAGAUCAUUCAUAUUUCUUAAAAGGCCUUGACAAAUCUGAAUGGAAAGUACUAGUAUUUGACAUAAAUAUAUCAUGUGUUUGUUUGCUCUUUGCUAAACGUCCAUUGGCAGAUGGCAGACAAUAUUUAGGACGAGAACAAAUCGACACUAAAUUAAAUCGGCAGGUUCUGCAAACUGGGUCAUCUGAGGUAAAGGGUAGACAAUUUAGACUGCCACUAGGAAAAUAGGGGCAGACAUUUUACAUUACAACAGACCACCUACAUCCCCAUAAAAUAGUUGUGUGCCAAGCCUUUAUCAUCCCCAUUCUGACUGGUUGUGGCUCCGUAUUUAUACAACCCACACAAGAAAACGAAAACAUCGCUUUUGAUCAGCACCUAGUAUAAAUAAUAUAAAAUCCAACAUGCUCUCGGAAAACUAUUGGCUGAUUUUGGCUUAACGCCAAUGCUUUUACAAACAUUUUGACUUUUUGUGGAGUUCUAAUGAUUCUGAUGACACAUACUUAUUGAUUUCCGUCCUUGAUCAUUUUUAACUUCAGUAUUACCUAUUGAAGUUUUGUGAUUUUCUAUACUAUGUUGUACGGUUUUCUAUUACAUUUCUAUGAACUAUAUAUAUAUAUGUGAUAUCCUCCAUGUAAAUAUAGAUAAUUUUAAAAUAUAACCGUUUCGAAGAUAUGGUUUUAACCAAGGUUUGUUUAUACAUGGAAAGAUUGUCAAAUAAAAAAAAGCAGACUAAUAAUAAAUUAUGUUGAUGUU